UACUAAUUCUAAUAAUAUUAACGAACUUUAUCCAAUACGUGUUGGUUUAAGCAUUGUUAUUGAAUUAAAUGACGUUCAAUUUUACUUGAAAAUUAUUGAAGGUAACAAAAAUAAUGCUUAUUUACCUGGAUAUCUUUGUCAAGCAAAUGACAAAUCAAGUGACAUUGAAGAAACAACAAGUGCUGCAUUAACAAACUUGUACCAACAAAUUUUUUCAACAAAAACAAAAUUUUCUGGACUGCGUGAGUUUGGAUUAGAUAAUCAAUCAAUUAUUCUUGAACAUCUUUUGGAGGGUGUUAAUUUUCGGCCUUUUUUUGUUUAUUUUGACAAAUUUCAAAUUUUUGUAUAUAAUAUUGAAAGUUUAAGUCAGGAUGGUUAUGAAGGUACAGGUUGUGGGUUUAUGUCAUCACUUAGCAUCAAGGGAAAAAGAAAGAUUUUUUAUGAACAAAAAAUAACUGAAAGUUUUUGUAUUGUUCGAGUAUUUGAAGAAUUUUAUGAGAAAGAAGUAUUCAAAGGAAAAACUCCCAAUAAUGUUUGGAAUAAAAUUGGCUUAUUUCUUAUGUUUGAUGGAAAAAAUCUUUUUGGAUUAAUGGAUCCAAGAACUCAACAAAUUAUAAAAAAAAAAUUUCGUCCAGCAUGUCAACCUAAAGAUUGGAUAGAAAAAUCUAAUUUGGAACCAUUAUAUUUACAUUUUCUUAAACAUUAUACACGUACCAAUAUUCAGUAA